AGUACAUUUGUCAGAAAAAAAGAGAAACAAUAUAUCGCUUUAGGUACAGUAUGUGUCAAACACUCACAAUCGUUAGGUAACCCAUUCCCUGUAUACAACAAGGAUAGCUAGGAUAAGAUGCUACACAAUGCCAAGUAACAUUUUUAAGUGCCAGGAUGUACAAAAUACAAUAAGAUAAUAUACGAUGUGUUUGUAUGUAGCUUGGCUGAUUUCAGAUGAUCAUCAAGACCUUUAGCCAGAGCACCUCAUAUGCAAACAGUUUGGAACCGAGCAAAGAGUGCCAACACCCUUUUUAUGCAUAGUGAUUACUGCAGGUAGGCCAUGGCCAGUGGAAAACACUGGAAAGGCAUGGGCUUCAAUGCUGCGUGUGCUCCGAGUGUGUUUAUCUAGCAAACACAAAUUAAUUCAAAACAUCAAUGGAAAACACAGUGGAAGGCCACAAGCGACAUUCUUUUUUAAACAAGAAGCGAUAAUACUAUGUUGGCUGAGCAAGUCACAGAGUUUUUAUAUGUGUCCCAAAGGUGGAUCAACACUGUCCUACACAUUUCCUCAGACACAGAUCGGGGGGAAAUGCUGUUCAAUAAGUUCUGCUGUAUAGCACGCCAUGACAGCCCCCUAUGGUUGGGGGAUCAUUGAAUCCACCGUGGUUCAGAAACCCUGUCUGAAUCGACCAAGUCUACGAGUCUACAUACUGUCGCUCCUACAAAAGGACAAAUGCUCUGCCACGUCGAUAUAUAUUCAGUUUCAGCAAUCUAUGCCUUGAGAUUCACAAUGAUCUCUGUGAAUCCCUUUGAGAGUUAAACUGUGUUUGGCUAUGCAAAUACACUGUUGGGUUCUUGAUUUUCACUUUCCUUAUGAUUGUAAAUCAGUUUUGUAUUUAACGGUCUAUUGGAGUAGCUUUCACUUUCAGCUCUGAGAAGAUUAGCCACUUUAGUGAGCCAUUCAAAGGCUAUUCCACCAGAGGGAGGGGGAGUUUCCCUGUUGCGAAUGGGGAGGAGUAACAUGGACAGGCUCUGUGCUUUUCCACCUUGGAUAACCUGUGUGUGUGUAGGAGGACCGAGCGUCAACACGUUCUACCUAGUACCAGUCCCGGUGUGUCUCAGUGUUGGGCUUCCUCUCGUGUGUCUACAGUAGUCUUUGCUAGCCUUCUCUAUUCUCUUCUCCUUUUGCUCUCUCACACCCGGUAUGGUUCUGCAUUCAGGUUCCACUGAACUGAACUGAAAGCGUCCUCUUUUUCUGCUCCUCAUAACUUUUUGUUACCUUGGUCGUCGGCAGCUCUGAAAGCAUGAAGCUGUCUGAGUGGCUGGAGGACUCCACCGACCGGUUCCGGCUGGCCGAGUCGUGCGUGGGCCUGGCGGGCUGCCUGUGUGUGUGCUACGCCGUGUGGACCCCCUGCUGGCUCGCAGGGGGGGGGCUGUGGAUGGAGCAGAACCACACCGGACAGCCCCAGACGGAGGAGGCGAGCGCGGAGGGCCUCCUCUUCAGGGCCCAGGAGGCGCAACAAGUGUUCGGUUUUCUGUCCUCCCUGAUGGCCGUGAGCUCGGCGGCGCUGUGCCUCGUGUUCGCCCUCUGCUGGUCAUCAAGGACGGUGCACUCCUACUCCAACACCCGGUCUCUGCUCAUGGCGGGGCAGACCCUCUACCCCACCACCCUGCUGCUCCUCACUCUGGUCCCCACAGGCUUCUUCUUCCUCCUCAGCUGGGCGCUCUUCACCCGUCAGCACCAAGAGGAGAUCCAGCACGACCUCUCGGCCCUGGGCUCCUCCUAUUGGCUGGGCGCGCUGGGCUGGGCCCUCCUAUUGGUCGUCCAGCCAGUGGUCUUCCUGGUGGAGCAGGUCGUCGUGCCGGACUCCCUGCCCCUGUUGAGGUGCGUCCUGUUCCCGCAGAACGCCGCCCCCGUCUCCCGCAGCCACUCAGAACCGUCGACCGACGCCAGGAGGGCGGGGCACUUCAAGCCCAGGAGGGCGGUGUCAGUAGCCUGAAGGUGGUGUAACCACGACGACGGAGGAAUGAUUGGCCCGGGACGGUUAGACCCAUCACCUCAUCUUCAUUUACGGGAUUUUUAUCAGACGCUUUUAUCCAAAGCGCCUUAGAACGGUUCAUGCAAACAUUCACACAUCAACGACGCAUGGCGACAGCCAGCUCUUUGGAGGAGUCAGGAUGAGGCGUCUUGGCUGCUCAGGGACACCUCGACACCCAGCUAGGAGGAGCCGGGGGGCUGAACUAGCAACCUUUCCGGUUACCAGUCAACCCGCCCCACCUCCUGAGCUACUGCCGCUACUGGUUUGACCAAUCGACUCGCAGAUUAGCUGACCACCAGCAGGACGUGUGUGACUCACUGGAGACUAUCUUGCGGGUGAGCCUGGGUACAGCGCUGGCAGAACAGCACAACAGGGUUUGAGAGGGGUUUUUGGUUCGAGUAUGAGAAGGCCGGUGCUUUGUUGCUAGGUGACGGGAGGAGAGUGAUCAGUGCUAAUACACAGCUGCUCUCCCAGGGUGGGCUGGAGUCACACUCGGCAACAAUCCAUCCAAAUCAGACACACAGGACGAAUCCCGGAACGCCGCGGAGGCGGCGACAAAGAGGAACGUUUUUCACAGAGAGGUGGUUUUUAAUGAGCGACAGUUUGCGGGGUUGCAGCAUGUAAAACGUUCCCGGGAUUGUCAGGAAAAUGGCUCGUUUUUACCCAAGUAUUCCUCAUUAAUGAAUGAACACGGUGUCGCGUCAUCCCGGACAUUUCACACCGUUUCCAGUAAGUCCUUAAUGAGAAUUGGAACCUUGCUUUACUUGCGAUACCCGGUGCUCUCAGAGUGGGCAUGGGUGCGUGUCUGGUAUGGGACAUACACACUUAACUGGCCUGCCUUUUCGAUCAAGUGGCCCCUCAAAGAGCUUUACAAUAUUGCCUCACAUUCACCCAUUCAUACACACAUGUACACACCGAUGGUGGAGUCAACCACGCAAGGCGACAGCCAGCUCGUCCGGGGCCGUCAAAGGGGAGGUGCCUUGCUCAGGGACACCUCGACACGCGAGGAGAAGCCCGGGAUCGAGCCAGCAACCGUCCGGUUACCAUCCAACCCGCUCUGCCUCCUGAGCCAAAUGCAGCCCCCAACCACUUCAGGGUGCAUCUGUGACAGCAGACGCUGAUUUGUAAUAUCAAUAGGGAUGGAAGUCAUACUGCAAGGGGCCGCAUGAGCCCAUUGGAAACAUAAAGUGUAUUGGUUCGUUUCAAA